AUGCCUGCCCCACACGGUGGUGUUCUACAAGACCUCAUCGCCCGCGAUGCCCAAAUUAAAGACCAAUUGCUGCAAGAAGCGGCCCAGGCCUCGAUCAAGUGGGACCUGACUCCCAGACAGAUCUGUGACCUGGAAUUGAUCCAGAACGGUGGUUUCUCCCCUCUGUCCGGCUUCAUGAACCAAAAGGACUACGACGGCGUUGUAGAGAAAUCCCGUCUGAGCAACGGACUUGUAUGGACAAUUCCAAUCAACCUGGAUGUCGACGAGGCGUUCGCAAAACAGCUGAAGCCUGACGCCAGAGUGGUUCUGUUGCAGGACAACGAGAUUCCCGUCGCCAUCCUCACCGUCACCGACGUGUACAAGCCUGACAAGCAGAACGAAGCCAAGAAGGUCUUUAGAGGCGACCCAGAGCACCCUGCUGUCAAGUACCUGAAGGAGACUGCCGGUGAGUACUACGUUGGUGGUGAAAUCCAGGCCAUUCAGUACCCUGUCCACUACGACUACCCAGGUCUGCGGAAAACUCCGGCUCAGCUGAGAUUGGAGUUUGACUCCAAGCAAUGGGACCGCAUCGUCGCCUUCCAGACCCGUAACCCAAUGCAUAGAGCUCACAGAGAGCUCACUGUGCGGGCUGCAAGAGAACACAAUGCCAAGGUCUUGAUUCACCCUGUUGUCGGACUAACCAAGCCAGGUGACAUCGACCACCAUACCCGUGUGCGUGUGUACCAGGAAAUUAUCAAGAGAUACCCCAACGGUAUGGCCCAACUAUCUCUCCUGCCUCUGGCCAUGCGUAUGGGUGGUGACCGCGAAGCUGUGUGGCACGCUAUCAUCAGAAAGAACUACGGUGCUACCCAUUUCAUUGUCGGCAGAGACCACGCCGGCCCUGGUAAGAACUCUGCUGGCGUCGAUUUCUACGGCGCUUACGACGCUCAAGAGCUGGUCGAGUCCUACAAGAAUGAACUUGGUAUUGAGGUUGUUCCUUUCAGAAUGGUGACAUACCUGCCUGAAGAAGACCGUUACGCCCCAAUUGACCAAAUUGACCUAUCCACAACCUCCACUCUCAACAUCAGCGGGACAGAGCUGAGAAACCGUUUGAGAAGCGGUGGUCCAAUUCCUGAAUGGUUCUCAUACCCCGAGGUAGUUAAGAUUCUGAGAGAGUCCAACCCACCAAGGCCCAAACAGGGCUUCGCAAUUGUGCUUUCAAGCUCUUUGAAAAGCAACAAACAGUUGAGCACUGCCCUCCUAACCACAUUCUUGCAAUUUGGCGGUGGCAGACAUUUCAAGGUUCUAGAGCAUAACAAUGACGCAAAUGUUUUGGGAUUGGUGCCAGACUUUAUUAGCAGCGGCGCAGGUCUGAUUAUCCCAAGUCAAUACGAAAAGUGGAACUCAGUGUCAAAUGCUUACUUAGUUGGCACAUCGGAGGACGCGGACAUUACCUUGGACAGUGACGACGAAGCUGUGCUACACGUCGUCCAGAAAGUUGUCCUAUUCUUGGAGGACCAUGGGUUUUUUACAUUCUAA